AUGGAUAUACUCGUUCAAAGAAAGGCAUUCGUAGUCACAAAGCUUCGCACAAUCAUGGCUGUUCUCGAGCACGAGCCGGAAGGCCUGAUACCGAACGUCCUCUUCACGAGAUUGACGAGACGUUGGUCGGCUACGAGGACCGCCAAUAUAAAGGAGCCUAAAUGGAGAGAUUUCAGCAGCUCAAAGGGUCUACUCAUACAGAUCGACGAGGACGGAGUCGAGACAGACCGAUGA